GAAUAUGUGAAUACUUCAAAACAACAGGCACAGGUUAGGUUACGUUGUGUUUAUGUCUCAAUAGCAGAAAUGAAAGCGAUUUCUGAAAAAACUUCAAUUUCUUGUUACUAUCUCUAGAUGUCGUAGUAAUCAUUUCUCUGUCGAUUAUUGUUUACGUGCGCGUAGUGGUUGUGUCUUGUUAUAUUUUUUCGCCCUUCCUGUGCAUAUACUCAAUAGACCACAAAUAAUUUUAAUACUAUUUUUACUGACACUUAUUUAAGAAUAAGACAUAAAUAUGGGAGACAUGAUUAAAGAGUUACGAGAAAGAUCUCAAAAACGGAAGAAGCUUUUAGUCCAAACACUAGGGGUUUCAAAUGUUGAUGAGCUGGGCCAAGCUCUUGGCACUAGAGACGAGAUUCAAGAUCGCAAACAAAGUACUAGCAGCACCCCAGUCAGCGAUUGCAAAGCGGAAAAAUCAUCAAAUCAAGAUGAAGUAGCUGAUGAACUGGUGUAUACAGACUCUUCAACGUUUCUGAAGGGAACUCAAUCUUCAAAUCCUCACAAUGAUUAUUGUCAGCACUUUGUGGAUACGGGACAGCGUCCUCAAAAUUUCAUCAGGGAUGUUGGCCUUGCAGACCGUUUUGAGGAAUAUCCAAAGCUGAGAGAGCUUAUCAAGCUUAAAGAUGACUUGAUCCAGCAAACUGCAACACCUCCCAUGUACUUAAAAUGUAAUUUACAAACGAUGGAUUUGAAACAACUUGAUCAUAAAUUUGAUGUGAUCCUUGUUGAGCCACCUUUAGAGGAAUAUCAGCGGACUAUGGGAGUCACCAACAUGGAAUUUUGGUCUUGGGAAAGGAUCAUGCAACUUGAUAUAGGAGAAUUAGCUGCUCCUCGGAGCUUUCUUUUUCUCUGGUGUGGCUCUUCUGAGGGCCUAGAUAUGGGUCGAUUUUGUCUUCGUAAGUGGGGCUUUCGUCGAUGUGAAGAUAUCUGCUGGAUUCGUACAAACAUCGACAAUCCCAGCCAUUCAAAAAAUCUUGAUCCAAAAGCAGUAUUUCAACGAACAAAGGAACACUGUCUCAUGGGCAUAAAGGGAACUGUUAGACGUUCAACUGAUGGUGAUUUUAUUCAUGCCAAUGUUGAUAUAGACCUUAUUAUUUCUGAGGAAACAGAAUAUGGCUCAUUAGAGAAACCAGUGGAAAUUUUUCACAUCAUUGAACAUUUUUGUCUUGGGCGUCGAAGAUUACAUGUUUUUGGAAGAGACAGCACAAUACGCCCAGGCUGGCUGACAAUUGGUCCUGAACUAACGAACAGCAACUACAAUGCUGAUUUAUACAACAGCUAUUUCAACUCAGGGCAACUAACUACCGGAUGCACAGACCGCAUCGAAGCACUCAGGCCAAAGUCACCACCACCAAAGGGCAAAGGAGGCCCAGGAGGGAGAGGACGAGGUGGACCUUCAAGAGGUGGCUUUUCAAGAGGUCGUGGGCGCGGGCGAUAAUCAUGGUAAUUAUUGUUUUAUUGAACUAGUAUUUUGAAGUAGCAAGAAAGAUUAUGACCUUCUAAGCAAUGACAUCGUUCACAUCCACUGGUCUCUUUAACUGGUAUAUUGCUUUUGACUCAUUUUGCUGAAAAUUAGUCUAUUCUAUGACAACUUUAGCAUUCUCAUUUUAUGUGGUCUUUCACCUGCAUUAUUUGUUAUUUUAUCAUGAUCUUGGUUUAAACUGAUGAGAUUUUUAGGAAUGAAAUUGCCUGUAUAAUAUAGUAGAAUGUUAUUUUGUGGUACUGAAAUUCUCAAAUUCUCUAUUAAUUGUAAUUUUAUGAAUAAUCAAUUUAUAUUUACAUUUUGAGUCAUGUAGCAUGUAAACUAAAUUUAUAUGACAACUGCUGUUUGGCUAUCUUUAUCAAUCAACAAAUUUUCUUUUCACAUCAUCAUGAAGUAGUAUUUUUAAUAUGUUGUUAAACGUCCUCUUCAAGACUGUAAUAAUUAUAUAUGUCAAUGGAAUAAAGUUUUACAUUUCUUUUACUAUG